AUGGUUCGCGGCGCUGAGUACGACAACGGUCUGCCCCAGAGCGACAACCCCAUUGAGAACGGCCCCGACAAGGUCCACGGCACCGGCAAUGAGUCCGCCGACCUAAGCCGCUCCCACAAGGCCGCCCCCAUGCCUGACCAGACCGGCUCCGGCCUCCCUGACGUCUUCCCCGGCCAAGGCAGCGGCGGCUACGAGAACACCCCCGGCAGCGGCAAGGGUGGCCACGAGCCUAAGACCCUUGGCGAGAAAAAGGGUCUUGGCUCCCUUCCCGAUCACUGA